AUGAGUUCUAAUAUGCAACGUCAAGCAGUUCCUCUUUCUUGGUUCGAAAAUUGCAUCGUUGGAACUGGGUUGGAACGCCAAGUAGCUCUAGAUUCUGGGGUUCUUGCUAUAGCCGAACAUGAGGGAAAGAUCAUUUAUACUGAUAUUGACAAGAUCCUUUUAUCAAACAAUGGGGAUACUCUAAGCAUUCCAUCAGUGAUAUAUCAGCGUUCGAACAAAAAUACUUGCAUGCAUAAAAGAACCCAAGUUGCAAGAGGUUACAAUUCUGAGGAUGCGGUACUCAUUAAUGAGCAUCUGGUAUAUGAGGAUAUUUAUACUUCUUUUCACAUAAGGAAAUAUGAAAUUCAGACUCAUGUAACAAGCCACGGUCUUGAAAGAAUCACUAAUGAAAUACCGCAUUUAGACAAAGAAGGAAUUGUGAUGUUGGUCUUGGGUGGAGACGGGUGA